UUGGGAUGCGGCCCGUCCUCUCAGGUAAACAGAAGUUUGUUCCGCGGUGACAUGAAACACUUUAAACCGGUGAAAUCUAUCUAACGGUGGAUGUGUGCGGAGCGGGGAUGUGUCCCGGUGCUGUGUCGGUGCUGAGGGCUGAUGUGGGUCAGAUGAAGCAGAUCAAACCGUUAAACUUUGAACUCUUUUCAUGUUCACAUCACACAAAGUUCCUGCUGUGUUAGCGGUUAGCUUCAGUUAGCAUCGCUCCGUUAGCCUGCCGGGGAUUAAAACCCGGGCUAAAGUUUUAGUUCGGUUUAGUGUCAGCUCCGUGGGAACCGGGACUAACGUUACCAGGUGUAACGGUACCGGGUACCUGUUGUCCACCGUUAUUUAAAGUAUGUGUGUUCAUGCGGAACUCAGUUAAUACCAGUUAGCUUUGUGCUGUUAGCCAGCUGCUACUCGUGGAAGCUAACUGAACUGUAACCGGAGCUAACUAGCGUUCAGUGACCGGAGCUAACGGGGGCAAAGUGACCGGAGCUAACGGGGGCAAAGUGACCGGAGCUAACGGGAGCUGUCUGCCCUGAGCUGGACCGACUUCACCGCUGUUGGUUUUAUUCGGUGUUACCGGGUUUCCUCAGGCUGAGUGUUCAACAGGUCGCUGACUGAACCAAACUCUGUUCAUAUUGUGGUGAGUUUAACGGACGGAGACACAGACACACACUGUGGAGCAUAGCUCUCUGACAUCAUCAUGCUGUUUACGUGACGACCAAACUGCAGCCCGUGGUGGACCCCUCUGGGACCGUUACUGUCCUCUGAUUGGUCGUCUGUCACCUGCCCAUCACCAUGCAGCUGACCUAUCAGCAGCUGCCGGCUCAGCUGAGGCGGAGCUCCAGGCUCAAGAAACUGACGGCUGCUUUACUCGUCGCCUAUGCCGUCAAGAAGCUGUCACCACACGUCUGGAGGAGGAUACAGGGGAGUGCAGCAGGUAAACAGCUGGGUGGAGCUAACCUACCUGAGGGCGUGGUCAGCAGCUCCUCCUCCAGCUCCGUGGACAAAAAGAAGACAGACAGCAGGUCUCCAUCAGUGAACAGGGACUUUCUCCUCAGACUGUCUCGUCUGCUGAAGCUGUUGUUUCCACGGUUACUGUGUCCAGAGAUCGGCCUCCUCGCUCUGCACUCACUAACCCUGAUGACCAGGACCUUCCUGUCCAUCUAUGUGGCUUCUCUGGACGGUAUGAUAGUGAGGUGUAUAGUCCAGAAGGAUCCUCAGGCCUUCAUCCUGCAGCUCCUGAAGUGGCUCCUCGUCGCCGUUCCUGCGACCUUCAUCAACAGCGCCAUCAGAUUCCUUGAAGGUCAGCUGAGCCUCAGCUUCAGGAGCCGAUUGGUCGACCACGCCUAUCAACUGUACUUCACCAACCAGACUUAUUACCGUGUCAGUAACAUGGACGGCCGUCUGUCCAACCCUGAUCAGUCUCUCACGGAGGACAUUGUGAUGUUUUCAGCCUCCAUCGCUCACCUCUACUCCAACCUGACCAAACCCAUCCUGGACGUGGUGGUCACCUGCUACACCCUGCUGCGCACUGCCCAGUCCAAAGGAGCAAACACCACGUGGCCCUCCGUCAUCGCCGGCCUGGUGGUGGCGUUCACUGCCAAAGUCCUGCGCUCCUGCUCGCCUCGCUUCGGGAAGCUGGUGGCCGAGGAGGCGAAGAGGAAGGGAGACCUGAGGUACAUGCACUCCCGCAUCAUCACCAACUCCGAGGAGAUCGCCUUUUAUGGGGGACACAAGGUGGAGAUGGCCCAGCUGCAGAGGAGCUACAGGUCCCUGUCCUCUCAGAUCCAUCAGAUUCUGCUGAAGCGUCUCUGGUACGUCAUGCUGGAACAGUUCCUCAUGAAGUACGUAUGGAGCGCAUCCGGUCUAGUGAUGGUGGCUGUGCCCAUCAUCACCGCCACAGGAUAUUCCAAAUAUGACUCUGAGGAGGUGAAGCAGGCAGCCCUGGUGAUGAAGGAGGAGGAUCUGGUCAGUGAGAGGACUCAGGCCUUCACCACCGCCAGAAGCCUCCUGAACGCUGCUGCCGAUGCUGUGGAGAGGAUCAUGAGCUCAUACAAGGAGGUGACGGAGCUGGCAGGCUACACCUCUCGGGUCUCUGAGAUGUUGGACGUGUUUGAAGAUGUGAAUCAGGGAAUAUACCGGCGCUCUGCAGACAGAGAGGAGGUGUCAGGACGAGGAGCAGCAGGAGCAGGAGGAGCAGCAGGAGCUGUGGUCCAGCAUGGUCAGAGAGUGUGUGGUCCUCUGGAGAUCAGAGGUCGGGUGAUCAGUGUGGAGAAGGGGAUUCGCUGUGAGAACCUGCCAAUCAUCACACCGACUGGAGAUGUGGUGGUUUCCAGCCUCAACAUCCAGGUGGACGAGAAGAUGAACGUGUUGAUCACAGGUCCAAACGGCUGCGGGAAGAGUUCUCUGUUCAGGAUCCUCAGCGGACUGUGGCCUGUUUAUGAAGGAGUGCUGUACCGUCCAGACCCACAGCACAUGUUCUACAUCCCUCAGAGGCCCUACAUGUCAGAGGGGACCCUCAGAGACCAGGUGAUCUAUCCGGACUCAGUGGAAGAGAUGGUUCAGAGAGGAGUCACAGAUUCAGAUCUGGAGCAGAUCCUGAAGACCGUCCACCUGCUGUACAUCCUGGACAGAGAGGGAGGCUGGGAGUCGGUCAGUGACUGGAAGGACGUCCUGUCUGGAGGAGAGAAGCAGAGGAUGGGGAUGGCUCGCAUGUUCUACCACCGGUACACUACAACACAUAGUACUUUAAUGGUCACUGAGACUGAUAAUAAUAAUAAUAAUAAUAAUAAUAAUAAUAAUAAUUGUAUAAUACUGUGA